AUGCUUCUUGCCCGUGCACUGCCUAUUAUGAAAGUUUUUACCAAUGUUGGGGGUCAGAGGGGCUAUAGUGAUCAUUGUAUUAACUUGCCACAAAAGGUUGAGGAAUUAGCUCAAUCUUUGCCCAGGUGUCCAAAAGAUAUCCCAAUGAUUAUUGUGACAAUGAAAGGAAAUGAUAAUAAUUUUAGAGAUGUGGUUGUUAGAAAGCAUAAGGUUGAAAAAGCCUUGUUUUGGCUGAUUGAACAUAACCCAUUAUAUCAUGAUAUUUGUAUUGAUAGGAAUACACUUGACAAAUUGCCUUGUAAUGGUGUGCCCAAUGACUUGAGUCUGAUAGAAACACCACCUAACGAAUUAAACAAUAUUAAUGAAACAAUAAAAUCUGCUGAUGUAAAUAAGGAUAAUGAUCUAGAGCAAGUUUUCAAUCAUGAAACACCAACCAGUAGUUUUUUACCUGUAAGUAUAAAUGAUCAGCUAGAGAAUGAUGCUAUAAAAACAUGUCUGGGUAAUGCAAAGAUAAAAUGGCCAUCAAUCAGCAAUGACCCAUUAAACGAAUAUACUACACCAUUUCUGGCAACAAUGGCCUUUCCUGCAUUGUUUCCUGACAGUAAAGGUGACCCAACCAAUCCAAGUUUAUUAUAUGAGAUUACGUUUUUAAGUAAGGUACAACAUCUUAUAAAGUUUGCAGAGAAUAUUGAAGGUAAAUGGAUAUACAGGUUUGCAUCCCACCCAAGAUUUUCUUAUUGGGCACUCAAUAUGAUUCAAAGACAACGAACUUUACAGCAAUCUGCAAUUUUUCUUAAGCAAAAUCCUGCUGAGGCCCACCUUACAAUUAAUGAGCUGCGAGACAUGGCAGAUGCUAACAAUUCUUCCACUUUUAUGUCAAAACUCUCGAGAUAUGUUAGUAAUAUCACUGGUAGUCCUUCUUAUUGGUUCAAAGUUCGAGAAGAUUUGAAAGCAAUUAUUACUCACAAGGAAGCUCCAACAAUAUUUUUCACAUUUUCAGCAGCAGACGUGUGUUGGCCUGAACUUCAUUCACUUUUUCAAUUACAUUCUCAAGAUUUAUCCUCAAAUGAAAAAAGGGAAAAUGUAAUAGAUAACCCUCAUAUUGUAGAUUGGUAUUUUACCAAACGCAUAGAAAAAUUUCUUAAGUAUUGGUUAUGUGAUACUCUUGGUGCAGAGUGGCAUUGGUAUCGAUACGAAUUCCAAGCUAGGGGCAGUAUGCACUGCCAUGGCAUGGCAAAAUUAAAAAGUGAUCCAGGACUUUGCAAACUUACUGAGAUAGCAUUAAAAGGGUAUUUGGCUGAAAAAUGUGAGCAGGAUUUAGAUAAUUCAAGUGUUUCAUUUGACAUAGAGCAAGGUAAAAAAGCAUCCCAACAAGUGUGUGACUAUCAUGAUAAAUUAAUCUCUACUUGGAGCCCAGAAUUACCUCAAGAUGGGAAUUGGCAGAAUCUUCAAAUUCAUCCAUGCAGCAGACAAUCCAGUGAUAUUUCUGAAAAUGAAUCUCAGUCUGAUAUACUGACCUGCUCAACACAGUUCAGAGACACACUCGCUGCAGCACAAAGUAUUGUCUUAGGCACGUAA